CUGAGUGGAAACGGCGGAUGAAGGGAGUUCGGAGUAGAGAUCGCUGGAGGUGGAGAGAUUUCGCGGUCGUUCUCAUCGUCGCCAUUUUCGCUUGAGAGAAAGAGAGAGAGAGAGAGAGCGGCAAGGGUUUUAGGGAUGCAAGCGGGUCGAAUCGAACCCGCUUGGAAACCGGAUUAAUCGGGUGUGGUUAUAACAGUCAUACGGGUCGGGUAAGUGAUGAGCAGACCGAACCCGAUUACAGCCCCUAUCCUCUACGCUCCUCCAAAAACCCUUGAUAAAUCUCCCUCCCUCUCUCUUCUCUAUUGAGCAGCGGUCGUCUGCAAACACCAAAUCCCCCUGUUUAAUUUCAUUAAUACCAAUACGAUGAAUGCUAUAAUUAUAAUUUAACAUCACAGGAGCUUCUUUAAUGGCGCUCCAACUCCGCAAGCUCUCGACCUUCAGUUGCCUUACGAGGAAUUUCUCCGAUUCCUCGUCUAUUUCUGCGACCAUGCUUAAAUACAGGACAAUGCAGAAAUUUUCAUGUAGCCCAUACUCACCAUUUUCCCGAGGGGCAAGGUUUAGGAAGACAACACAUCCUAAUUUCACAGAUAUAUCAGUAAACCUAACAGAUUCUUAUAUUUCUCAUAUCCCUGUUAGCAUUUGUUCACACUUGCCAAUUUGGAGACUUUGCUCUCCAAGAAACACUUUUGAAUUUGGAAACUGUAUUAGAUUGAAUUCGGUGGCUCAUGAACUUAUGAGAACAAGAUCAUUUUCCUCAAAGAGAAAAAAGAAGGUCCCAUGUAGAAUAAAAUCAAAAGGAGCUGGUGAUGAUGCAGUAUCAGAAGGUAAAAGGACUGGAGAUGGGCUAAAGAAAAGGGACAAAUCAACUGUAUGUAACAGUGUUAAUGGGCAAAUAAGUGCUGCAGUUUCAACCCCAAAACCAUCCAUAAGAAAAAGCAAUGCCAAGCCUAGUAAGUUGAUAACUAGCAGUACACUUAGUGAUGCGAAGAGCAAAGAGAAAGCUGCAGAAGAUGGUUUAGCUAAAAGACAAUCAGCCAAAAGCAAUGCUAAGGUCAAAAAUGUUAAAGCUCCUGCAAAAAGGAAUCCGAAGCCUAAGAAGAAUCAGGAUGAAGAAAAGGUUGUACAAGAGAGCAUAGAUAAUGAAGGGUCAGCUAAGAACAUUGACAAAGCCCAAAGUGCUAAGCCUUCUGUAAAACGUAAUCAAAAGCCCAGGAAUAACAAACAGGAUAAGGUGCUUUCUAGUUCCUCUUCAACAGAAGUGGAGGUUAAGAGUUCAAAGAAAACAUCAGAAGACAAGGCAACGAAUUCUACUAAUUCAUCUCAUAUAACCACAAGCAAUGUUCUACAUACUUUCACUGGAGACUCUAAAGUUAAGAAAAUUGGACCCCUUUAUCCACCCUCUGGUAAAUCAGUAGUUGUUGUAGAGUCAGUCACCAAAGCUAGAGUUAUUCAGAACUAUCUAGGAGAUAUGUAUGAAGUGCUUCCUAGUUAUGGUCAUGUGAGGGAUUUGGCUGGGAGAUCAGGAUCUGUUCGGCCUGAUGAUGACUUCAGCAUGGUGUGGGAAGUGCCUGCGAGUGCCUGGACUCAUCUCAAAAGCAUUAAGGUUGCACUAAAUGGAGCAAAAAAAUUAAUUCUAGCCUCAGAUCCUGAUCGUGAAGGUGAAGCAAUUGCCUGGCAUAUUACAGAGAUGUUGCAGCAGCAAGAUGCCUUGAGCGAGAACACUAUUGUAGCAAGGGUAGUGUUUCAUGAAAUAACCGAGUCUUCAAUCAAAAGUGCUUUGCAGGCUCCCAGGGAUAUUGACCGUAACUUGGUCAAUGCUUAUCUUGCACGGCGUGCCUUGGAUUAUUUGAUUGGAUUUAAUAUAUCACCUCUACUGUGGAGGAAAUUACCUGGUUGUCAGUCUGCUGGACGAGUACAAUCUGCAGCUUUAGCUCUCAUAUGUGAUAGGGAAAUGGAGAUAGAAAAGUUCAACAAGAAAGAGUAUUGGACCAUUGGAGUAGACUUUCAUAAUACUUGUUUGGAUUCAUCAGGGAGAAGAAGUUCUAUUUCUUCACAUAUGACACAUUUCAACUCCCAAAAAUUGGAUCAGCUUUCUAUAAGUUCUUCUGCUGAGGCACGAGACAUUGAAAAGCGAAUUAAUUGUUCAAAAUUUGAAGUGCUAGCCACCAAAACAAGCAAAAUUGUGAAAAAUGCCCCCUGCCUAUAUAGAGCAGCAACACUUGCAGCAGGAUUGCUGCAUAAAUUGCAUUUUACAGCUUCCUAUACAAUGAAGCUCGCUCAGAAGCUGUAUGAGGGGAUUAAACUUUCAGACGGGGAGGCAACCGGGUUGAUAACAUAUAUGAGAACUGAUGGUCUGCAUGUUUCUCAAGACGCUGCAGAGGAUAUCAAUUCCUUUGUCAAAGAAAGGUAUGGUGACAAAUUUGCAUCGAAGAGUGUACGAAGAUACUUCAAGAAGGUGAAGAAUGCCCAAGAAGCUCAUGAAGCUAUUAGGCCCACCAAUAUAAGGAGGCUACCAGAAACAUUAAUGGGAAUACUGGACGAUGACUCUCAAAAGUUGUACAAGCUUAUAUGGACUAGAACAAUGGCAUGCCAAAUGGAACCUUCUACCAGCAAUAUGGUUCAAGUUGAUAUUGGGAACACGGAAGGAGACAUGGUUUUUCGAUCAGUUGCCUCUAGAGUUGGGUUUCCUGGAUAUCAAGAAGUUUAUGAGGACAGAAAAGCUACUGGUCCGGGAAGUGAAGACAAGGAAAGGGAAGAUAAUGAGUCAGAUUUUGAGGUUCUCUACAAGCUGAAGGCUAAGGAUUCACUAUCAUUUGUCGAAGUGGAUCUCCAACAGCACUAUACUAAACCACCACCACGAUAUUCUGAGGGAGCAUUGGUCAAAAAGUUGGAAGAACUUGGAAUUGGAAGACCAUCGACCUAUGCAUCCAUUAUGAAAGUGUUGCAGGAUAGAAACUACAUAACAAUGAAGGGUCGAGUGUUACAUCCUGAAUUCCGCGGCCGUAUGGUGUCUGCUUUUCUUUCUCAUCAUUUCUCUGAGGUUGCUGAUUAUAGCUUCACCGCUGAUAUGGAGAAUGAGCUUGAUAAUGUCUCUGCUGGAGAAACGGAAUGGAAGGGUCUUCUUAAAGAUUACUGGUCACGGUUUAGCAAGUAUUGCGAUCUUGCAAGCAAUACAGAAAUUCGCCAGGUAGAGAAGAUGUUAGAGAAAAGAUUUGAUCACUACUUGUUUGCUGGGAUGGACAGUGAUAGUAGGGUCUGUCCAAGUUGUUCGGUUGGCACUUUGAGAUUUAAAGUUAGUAGGUUUGGUUCUGGAUAUUUUAUUGGUUGUGAUGAAUACCCUAAAUGCAAGCACACUGCAAUGACAAUAUACAGCGAAGAAGAUGAAGAUGUUCCUUCUGAGAAGCUAGAGAAGUCUUUUCCACCAAGAAUCUUAGGCAACAGCCCUGGUUCUGAUGAGAAGAUUUUCUUGAAGAAGGGUCCAUAUGGAUACUAUGUCCAGCUAGGAGAAGAUAGGAAAGGUUACUCGCCCAAAAGAUCUUCUCUUGCUGAGGUGAAAGAUAUAGAUUCAGUUAAUUUGGAGGAUGCUAUUGAGCUGCUGCAGUAUCCUGUAACCUUGGGUAAGCAUCCAGAUGAUCAACAUCCUGUUAUUUUGAGACAUUCGAAAUCUGGAUUUUCAGUUAAACACCGACGAACUGUUGCCCCAGUGCCAAAGAACAUGGACCCCAAGAAGGUCACACUGGAGAAUGGGUUGAAGCUUCUGUCCAGUAAAACCGCAAAAAAGAGCGGUCGCCCCAAAAGUAAACCAAAAACUGAAGAAGAAGCCUCAUGGGAGUAAUUGUAUAUCUCAGCUAAACUUUAUAUCAUAUAGUCAAUAAAGUAUUCUUCUAGAGGUCCAUAUGUAUACUAUUUAUUCUUUUAUUGAAUUGGCAUGUUGUAAGUUAUUAUUAUUUUUCUUUGUAAGCCGGGUCACCUGCCCAUGAGUGUAUUUUUGUACUCACUAGGCAGUAGAUAUAUUCAUCCAUUGCCAAGCAGCAGAAGGCAAAACCGAAAAAAGCAAUGUGCUACAAAAGUGUGGAGAGCACAACUUGAUGCCGGUACAAAUCAAAGUCAGUGACCAGGGCUCAGUCCAAAUAGUUCGAUAAGUUUUUACCGUAUUUUUCAUGAACUUACGUGGAAGCGCUCUUUGGAGUUUCCAAGGAUUUAUACUGUAUGUCCAAUGGAAGUACAAUGAAUCCUACUGGGAGUUUAAAUCCCUUGAGCUUGUAAGCUUUCCCUGUAAUUCUUUAUCCAGAUUCGGCAGUUUUGAUGUUA